AUGGAGAUUCGGCCCCAUUCUGUGCACUCGUUCAAUGUCAUGAGCAGUUUCUUGAGGAUCUUGGAGUCAAUCUUGAGGAAGUUCGAAUUGGUGCUCUUGGAGAUCUCUAUCAGGGCAGAUAUGGAGUUGGCCACCACCAUCUGGUUGGAGUCGUCCAACAAGUCCAUCAGCUCGUCCAAAAACCCUUGCUCAACACACAGCCUGGAAUUGAGGUCAAAGAACUUGGCAACACAAAUGGCGGCGGUUUUCCGGACGCUUGAAUUUCAGCCCAAGUUCCGCGCGGUUCAUGUUGCGGGCACCAACGGCAAGGGCUCAGUGUGUUCGUACGUGUCGCACGUGCUGAGUGCUCACGGGAUCGCGAACGGCCGCUUCAAUUCGCCCCAUCUGCUGGAUCGGUGGGACUCUGUGCAGGUGAAUGACCGCCAGGUGUACAAGGAUGCGUUCUUGGCCACGGAGGCCCAUGUGCACAACAUCAGCGCCCAAUACAACAUCAAUUGCUCCGAGUUCGAGUUGCUCACCUGCACAGCCUUGAAGCUGUUUAACAGAACGGGGGUCGAGGUUGCCGUUUUGGAGACCGGUUUGGGCGGCCGUCUGGACGCGACUAACGUUCUUGCUCCGGAAAAUAUCAUUUGCACGGGAAUCACCAAGAUCGGGCUCGACCACGAGGCGCUGCUGGGCUCGACGUUACCAGAGAUCGCGUACGAGAAGGCAGGGAUCAUAAAGCACGGGGUGCCGUGUGUUGUUGACGGCUCGAACGCCAAAUCCGUGUUAGAGGUGGUUGAGCAGGUGGCGGGCGGAAAGAAGGCCCCGUUGACCACCGUGUCAAAUUCUCCUGACCAGAGCUACCACCGUAUUGGGUCGAAACUCGGGGAUUUCCACACGAAUCUGCACGGGGAUUACCAGCAGUCGAAUCUUGCCGUUGCAUUGGGAAUCAUCGACGUUCUUUCAGCGUCGUAUAAACUCAACAGGAGUUCUAUUGACCAGGGAAUUCGCAACACUACAUGGCCUGGAAGACUGCAAAAACUGACUGUCCGCUUGGAGACAGGCGAGCUGCCGGCGAUUUUGGACGGCGCACACAAUUCACAGGCCGCAGAGCAGCUCACAAAGUAUCUAGGAGAAAGAAAUGCGGGCACAACGUUUGUGGUUGCAAUGACUUCGGGCAAGGCCACAGCGGAACUAUUUGACAAGCUGCUCACGCCCAAAGACACGAUUAUCUGUACUGAGUUUGCCAGCACGGUCGACGGCAUGCCGUGGAUAGAGAGCUACAAGGCUUCUGAGCUGGCUGCAAACGUGCAUACUACGAAUAACGUUCAUAUCGAGCCGAAUCUCGAAAAAGCACUAGAAAGGGCUUCUUUGUCGCACCAACAAACCGUCAUUUGCGGAAGCCUGAGGUCCAGAAUCGAAUCUGGCGUCUUUCUUUGCGGGUCACCUUGUAAUCCAGACACUUCUUGGACACAUCCUUCGGGAGCUCCUCCAAAAGCGAAUAUACCAGAGGCCAGUUCAAACAGCAUCAAGCCGAGCGACCACACGUCUCCCUUGACAUUAUGCAGCACCUUGGAAACUGUACCGGAAUUUCCUGACCCCAGCUUCUUCAAGAGCACAAGCUCGUCGGCCUUGAUGGGCAGCUGGUACUCAAGGCCAAGUUCCAGGUUCUGGAUGUUGGCAAUGAGCUCAUCCGUGGAGGCUUUCUUAUCGGGGUCCUUAAAACCGGCCUGGUCGAGCGGAGACAUGGAGCUGGUGUUCCCCAGAGACGAAGUGGUGGAAUUGGUUCGAAUGGUGAGCUGGGGCGCAGAAAGCGUAAGUUUCUUAACGUUCUUCCUGUUGAGAGUCUUGCUCUCAAGAAAUGGGGUAGGCGGCUGGUUCUGGGAGUUCAACGACGACACCACAGAGGCCGUGUCCUGCUGCUGGACCACGCGCGACGGCUCGGACAACGGCUUGAUGUUCAAAAAUGGCAACGGACGACGGUCCUGCGGCUGCACCGUGCAAGAGUCCACAGAGUCUAAGCUUGAGCUGGAAAUUUGCGCACUUCCGGACUCUGCAACGCCAGAGUCCACAGGUUCCAGCUUGUCGGCAGUUUCUGCCGAGUCUGCUUCAGUUGGUUCAGCUGGUUCGGCUGACUCCACUGGCUCCACUGGCUCAGUCUCCUGCUGUAGUUCCUCCUUGGCUUCCGUCUCCGUUGAAACAGCCGUCUCUGGCUCCUGUUCUUGCUUAUCGACCGUCUCGGUCGCAACUGGCUCGUCAAUCAGAUCCUUUGGCUCCGUCUCUAUGAGAUCCACCUCCUUCAGACCGCCGGCAACCUCGUCAACAGAGGUCUCCGGCUUGAUCACAUCCUCACCAGGAAUCACCUGGUCCUCGUCCUCAACAACAAAACUGUCGUUGAGCGCAGAAUGCGUUCUUGGUAGCUGCGUCUGUGCUAGACUUGGAGAUCCCAAAAGUGAAACACUGGAUCCGCUCUUGCCAAUCGGCAGCCGGCUUCCCACCAUGCUCUUGGCUAGAGCAAGCGACCGGAACUUAAGCACCUCAAAGUACGAGUGA